CCCUGUGGCCGGGCUGAGGGACCCUGGCAGCAGUAGCCCUGGUCCUGUCCCCACAGCCUGAGCCAUAUUUCCCCCGCCUGCGCUGGACCUGCCCUGAAGCCCGCGGCGCUUGGGCGAGGAUUGUGGGCCGAGGCCGGCCUGCACCUGCUGCCCGCCACUCACCUGCCCUUUCUUUGAACACCACUAAGAAAGUGUUCCGGACUUCAGAGACCACUGGCCGUACGCUGCACUCCCCGCCGUCCGAGUCCCGACUCUGGAAGUGUUUUUCUAGCUUCCAGUGCAGAUGGCGGGAGGGUAUGGACGUCCGCACGAGGAGCGGGGACGGGGGGUCGUCGCUGGAGGCCAUGGCUGCGGGCGCGCGGCUGGCGCGGGGUCUCGGGACCGCGGCUGAGCGGCGGGGACAAGGGCGCGUCCCGCCCAGCCGCCCCGGGCUCAAAGUUUCAGUUUCGCUUCCCCGGAGUUCCCUCCCUUUUCUCGUGCACGACCUUCCCCCAGCUCUGCCAGCCAUCGGCGCCGCGACCGUGAGCCGGAAGUGGGCGACCAUCUGUGUGUGCUUGGAGCUGCAGACCAGAGUAAACAUUUCAAGAUCCCUGGGAGACCUGGAGGAUGACCUCUUCCAAGAGACUGACACUCCUGAAGAAAACUAUAGUUGGCAAAUUCCCAUUCAUCAAAAAGCCUUUGAAAUUUUGAAAAAUAACGAGAGUCAGCUGUGUGAAGUCCUCCAGCAUAAGUUUGGCUGCAUCUCUACCCUGGUGUCUCCAGCUGUGGAAGUUAACAGCACGUCUUUGCAGGUCUUCCGGAAAAGGCUGAGCCCUAGGCUAGAGUUAUCUGUCUGGAAGGAUGACCUCACCACGCACGCUGUUCACGCUGUAGUAAACGCAGCCAAUGAGGAACUUACACAUGCCGGGGGGCUGGCUGGGGCCCUGGUGAAGGCCGGCGGCUUUGAAAUCCAGCAGGAGAGCUGGAACUUUGUUGCCAAGUAUGGUAAAGUACCAACUGGGGAGAUAGCCAUCACCGGGUCGGGGAAGCUGCCCUGCAAACAGCUCAUCCACGCCGUCGGGCCCCGGUGGACCCCCGGGGAGGAGCGGAGCUGUGUCGAUAAGCUGCAGAAUGCCAUUGUAGCAAUUCUACACUAUGUUACCUGGAGAAAUCCAUACAUUGAGACUGUAGCAAUCCCAGCCCUGAGCUCCGGGAUUUUCCAGUUCCCUCUGGACUUGUGUGUAGGGACCAUCGUAAAUACUAUCAGUACUUAUUUCCAAAGGGAGCAAGUGGUCAGCAGCCUGAGAGAAAUCCACCUGGUGAGCAAUGAGGACCCUACUGUUGACGCCUUUAAAGCUGCUUCAGAAUCCAUCCUGGGGAGGAACGAGCUGGACCUCGGGAGCAGUCGUGAAGCCUCUGCUUCCCACAGGACCCUCCUGGUUUUCCAGAACCUGAUUCUCGAGAUUGUCCAGGGCCGCAUAGAACUGCAGGAAACAGAUGUAAUUGUUAGUUCUAUAAGCCAAGUUAAUCAUACAGCAGGACCUGUGUUAAAAUCAAUUCUACAACAGGCAGGAGAUGAGAUGGAAUUGGAACUUGAAAAACAGGCUAAACAGCGUAGAGAUUCUCAGUUGGUACUGAUCACGGAAGGAUUUAAUUUGUUGUGUCUAAAUGUAUUCCAUGUACUCUGGGAUCCAACUCUUCCUAAAUGUCAGGUAUUGAAAGAUGCAGUGAAAACAUGUUUGGAAAAAUGCCUUGUGCUAAGAAAAUCUUCCAUUUCCUUUCCUGCACUUGGAACUGGAAACACUGGUAUGGCUAAGGCUACUGUGGCAGAGAUUAUGUUUGAUGAAGUUUUAACAUUUGCCAGAGGCAGAUUGAAAAAGCCAUUAACUGUAAAGUUCGUAAUCUUCCCAGACGAAAUGGAGACAUAUAAGGUUUUCAGAGCUGAAAUGGAAAAGAAGUCCAAGAUGCUGGGUCUCAAUAAUUACAGAGACUCCAGGGGGACAAGAGAAAAGCAAAGAGAAAAUGGGCUUGAAGCAAAAUCUCCUGCCAUCGAUCUGAUGGGAUCCAACAAGGAGCAGAUGAGUGAAGCACAGGCGUGGCUCCAGAGGCUGCUGGCCCUGCCGGACCACCAGACCAUCGAGAACAACCACAUUUUCUACCUUGGGAAAAAGGAACAUGACAUUUUGGCUCAGCUUCAGAAAGACUUAGGCAUCUCCAUCUGUGAGAUUAUCAGUCCUGGAAGGGCAUGCUUAGAGAUUCAAGGAGCCCAGGCUGGCCUCAUCGAGGGGGUCAUGAACAUCGAACGUGUGCUGUGUCAAGUUCAGGAGGAAAUGGCACAGAGAAAGGAGCAAGCCCUCUGGAGCUUAUGGGGACAAUGGGCUGGCCAGCAACCAAACAUCCAGAAGGAAAUGAAAGAAAAUAUCACAUUUCUGAGACAUCCGAUGCCUUUAUCUCAAGACCAAAGGAAAGAGUUUGAAAAAUGUGGUUUGCGGGUUUUAAAGGUGGAGAAGAUUGCCAAUGCAGUUCUCAUGGCUGCCUUCCAAAGAAAGAAGGAAAUGAUGGAAGAGAGAAAGCACAAGGGCCCUGUGAGCCACAGGUUGUUCCAGCAAGUCCCAAACCAGUUCUGUGAUGUGAUAUGCAGAGUUGGCUUUCACAGAAUGUACUCGAUGCCCAGCGACCCCAGAUAUGGAGCUGGUAUAUACUUCACCAAGAAACUCAAAAACCUUGCAGACAAGAUCAAGAGUACCCCUGUCAAAGAUAAACUGAUCUAUAUUUUUGAGGCUGAAGUAUUGACAGGCUCCUUCUGUGAGGGUCAUCGGUCAAAUAUUGUGCCCUCACCACUGUAUCCUGGAACCAUAGAUAAUCACGACAGCGUGGUGGACUCUGUCUCCAACCCUGAAAUCUUUGUUAUUUUUAGUGGCAUACAGGCUAUGCCUCUGUAUUUGUGGACUUGCACGCAGGAUUAUGUGCGUUCACAGGAUUACUCAUCAGGACCAAUGGUGUCCUCGUCACAGCAGCCUUGGGAGAAAUUCCCAAGUGGCAGCUCUGUUGAUUAAUCUCCACUUCAUUUUAAGAACUGGAAAGGCCUUGAUUUCAGGGAACUAACCGAACUGUGACACCAUCAAUGACUCUAAAAGAGUGGUUUGAAUAUAUCAAAUGGGUUAUUUGUAUGGAUUGAUUGGUUUUUGAAAUAACUGGUCACAUACCAA